GAGAGACAUUUUUUUUUUAAGAUUACCGAGUUUUAUAAAUAGUUGCUUACUUGAUAAGCAACCUUAACCUAAGAGAGAAAAGUGAUCGCCAACAACCAUGAUUGAUAGAGAAGAGCCACCGGUCAAUAACUUGCUGAUGUUAUCUGAUGAUUUGGUAUUAAACUGCUUAGCCCACGUCUCAAGAUUAUACUAUCCAACUCUAUCUUUAGUUUGUAAACGAUUUCGGUCUCUCCUUGCUUCAGUGGACCUUUUCCAAAUCCGAACCCUCUUAGGCCUAACAGAGAGUUUUGUCUAUGUGUGCUUACGACUCCAUACCGAUCCUAGCCAACUAGGUUGGUUCAUUCUCUGCCAGAGACCAAAUACCUCAAGAAAAGUUUUGGUCCCGAUAUCUAUUCCCAGUCCUACAUGUGCAUCUUUGUCCGGUGUUGCAGUGGUUGGUCCUAAUAUAUACGUCAUUGGCGGUGGAUCAAAGAAUAAUGCUUGGUCCAGCGUUAUGGUCAUGGACAGUCGUUUUUACACAUGGCGUGAGGCUCCAAGCAUGCGUGUAGCCCGUGUGCUCCCAUCUGCUUGCGUCGUUGAUGAGAAAAUAUAUGUUGCGGGAGGCUAUGAUAAUCUCGAUUCAACGAACUGGAUGGAGGUUUUUGAUACGAAGACUCAAACUUGGGAGUUUCUACAUAUCCCGAGCGAGGAGAUAUGCUUAGGGUCUGAGUACCAAAGCGCAAAGUAUGAAGGAACCGUCUAUGUGAGGUCUCGGAAGAAACGUGCGACUUACAAGUUGCAUAAAGGUAGAUGGAGAGCGGCAGACAUAGGGAUGGAUGGAGGAUGGGCUUUGUCGCGAUACUCUUAUUGUGUGAUAGAGAACGUGUUCUAUCGUUACAGUGAUAGGAAGAUGCAUUGGUAUGACGUCCGAAAAAAAGUAUGGACAACUGUUAAGGGUUUGGAAAGAUUCUCUAUGUUGCUUUUUUCUAAGGGUAACGUUCAGUUGGCCGAUCAUGGUGGGAAAAUAGCGAUUUUGUGCGAGGAGUAUGUGUUUGCUGAUAAGAGUAUAACGAUUUGGUGUGCAGAAAUUAUCCUUGAAAAACGCCAAAAUCAGGAAAUUUGGGGGACACUCGAAUGCUUUGAGAAUGUGUUAAUAUCCAAUGAUAAUCCCUAUAUAUCCAAUAAGGCAGACGGUACAGUGGGUUUAGUGCAUGCUUUAACUUCUACGGUUUGGUGAACUGAACCCAUUCAC